UAGUUUUUCUGAAGACUUCUUUCGGAUGGUCAAGUUAGUCUUUCGGAACUCCUAUCUGAACGAUAACUAACUUUCCAUAAGACUUAACUUGAAAUUUUUUCAUUUAAAUGAACUAUACCACAGCUCUUGAGUGUUUAACGAAAUCAUUCCUAUUUCAAAGAAAAAAUGAGAAUCAUGUUCCAUAAGGUUUCUUAAUUGAGUAGUAAUGCUUUUCACUCAUGUGAUUAGACAUGUCAAAAGAAUCACAAAACAUAGAGGAAAAAUAAAAUGAAAAGGUAAAGCACAAAACUUACCAAACAAAACAACUAGUCCUGUAUACAUUUGGCUGCAAAAUAUUCUUAAUUGAAAGUCGGUUGAUUUAUUUUUGUUUAAAUAGUUGACUUUUCACUGUUUAUUCCAGAUUUUGUUUUGUUUUUUUUUUCUUUUCUUAAAAAAAUACAAAAAAAAAAAUAAUAAAAAUAAAAAUAUGGGUGGUGUGCUUAGAUUAACUAAGGUACAGAUAAUUUCAAAAACAUAAUUCAUUUUGGAGGUUAGAAUUUUAAUUACAAAUAAUUAAUUAAUUACAAGGCAGAGGGAGAGAAGGUGAUGAAAUAAUUUAAUUUUCCCAUCUUAAAUAUUUAGGUGAUAAGCUUCACUCCUUUCCUAUAAAUAUAGGAUCCAGCUAAUUAGAAAGUAAUUUAAAUAAAUUAAGAGUGUGUGUUUGGGUGUUGGGAUUUGGGAAUGGAAUUCAAGUCGAGAGGGUCAUCAUCAGAUGAAGUUGUGUCAUUGAGUUUGCCCCUUUUGAUUGGUGAUGAUAAAGAAGAUCAGAAGCAGAAGAAGGUGAAGGAAUAUGGGUCACCCCAAACAACAACAACAACAACUACUCCAUCCAGAUCUUCAUUCCAUACCCAUACCCAUACCCAUACCCCCAAUAAUGCUUUAUCAGAUUUCAGUUCCCAACAUAGUAUGGGGAGAUCAAUAGAACCAGCAGAACCUGAUCAAUCACAAAAUAAUGAUGAUGAUCAUCAUCAUCAUGAUACUUCAUUCUCACUUUGGGUGUUUUAUAAAGACCAAUUUCAACCUGGUUUUCUUAGAAAGGUUGUGGCAGAGAUCAUAGCAACGUUUCUGUUGGUAUUUGUGACAUGUGGUGCAGCUGCCAUUAGUGCAAAUGAUGAGCAUAGACUCCCAAAGCUCGGAGCAUCCAUCGUCGGCGGCCUCAUUGUCACCGUCAUGAUCUACUCCGUCGGUCACAUCUCCGGUGCACACAUGAACCCUGCUGUCACUCUAGCUUUUGCAACUUUUCGACAUUUUCCAUGGAAACAGGUUCCAUUCUAUGCAGUAGCUCAAGUAACAGGUGGAAUUUUAGGAGCAAUUACGCUACGUGAAGUGCUUAACCCAAUACAACAACUUGGGACCACAACACCAUCUGGGACAGAUGCUCAAGCCUUGAUCAUGGAGAUUGUUGUUACCUUUGUUAUGAUGUUUGUCACUUCUGCUGUCGCAACUGAUACUAAAGCCGUUGGAGAGCUAGCUGGUAUUGCAGUGGGUUCAUCAGUCUGCAUAGCAUCCAUGUUUGCCGGGCCCAUAUCAGGUGGAUCAAUGAACCCAGCAAGAACACUAGGCCCAGCAAUAGCGAGUGGGCAAUACAAAGGGAUUUGGGUGUAUAUAGUGGGCCCAGUAAUAGGAACGUUGUUGGGCUCUGGCGCUUACAGAAUAAUUCGAGUGAGUGACAACAAGGCUGUUCAUGCAAUCUCUCCCUCCUAUUCAUUCAAACUCCCUACAAAGAUGACCGAUGCAACCGUUGUGUAGUUCCCCAUAUUUACUAUAUCACUCUCUAUUCAAUUCUAUAUUUUCUAUCACCUUUAUAAAAUUGUGAUUGUUUUUUCCUAUUAAUUUUAGUUUUUUUAAUAAAGGUUUGUGUUUAAUUUCCACCCUUUUAAUAAAAUGUGCUUAUGAUCUUUUCAUCA